AUGAAUAUCAAAUUACUUUUGAUCGCUUCGUUGCUUUGUUUGGCAGUAGCCGUCAAAGCUGAUGAAGUUCCUGCCGAAGUUGAACAAUUUACUGAUGAAUUAAAAGAAGACAUUCCUGAUGAAGAUGAAUCUGCGUUAAAAGAAGCAGAUGAAGAAGAUGAAGAAUCCGCCUUGCAAGAUAGAGAAGAUUCAGAUGAAGAUGUUAUAGAGGAACAAGACAAUGCUGGAGUUCAGAAGUCGUGGCGUCGUCGACGUUUUGGAAAGAAAGCCGACAAAGCACAAAAAUGGUGGCGUCGUCGUCGUCGAAGAUUUUACUAUGGCAAAAACGGCGAUAAUAUUAAGGCCCAGAAAUGGUGGCGCCGUCGUCGUCGAUAUCGGUAUUAUUAUGGAAAAGAUGGUGAUAAAGCACAGAAAUGGUGGCGUCGCCAUCGAAGACGUUAUGGGAAGAAAGCCGAAAACUAG